UUAAACAAUUCAGUUUAUGACAGUAUCAAGAAUAAAAUAUGAGGGAGGCUGGGUGAGGCUCCGGUGGAGGCGGAGGCCCGGCGCCCUGGGAGGCGCAAUGUGCCAAAGUCCAUCCUCCCAGCCUGGUGACAGCGGUGAAGGGGAGGGGACAGUCGUGGGGGGCAGGAAGGUGCAGCUUAAAAAGGCAGCGGUCUCCGAGUGCUUCCUCCUCGCCUCUGCAGCCGCCAGGUACCGCUGCCUGGGCGAGGCGCUGCUCUUGCCCCGUGCUGGGCCUGCAGCUCUGUUCGGCUGCUGGGCCCCCGCGGCGCCUGUCUCUGUCCCACCGCCAGCCCUCAGGACGCCUGCCGGCCGCUACUACAGUGAUGCGGCAGCCAAGCGCGAGGACGACCCCAACUUCUUCAAGAUGGUGGAGGGCUUCUUCCACCGUGGCUCCAACAUCAUGUAGAACAAGCUUGUGGAGGACCUGCGCACCUGCGAGAGCGAGAAGCAGAAGCGCAACCGUGUGCGGGGCAGCCUGCGCAUGAUCAAGCCCUGCAACUACCUGCUGAGCGGCCCUUUCCCCAUCCAGCGCAAGGACGGCUCCUGGGAGGUCAUGGAGGGCUGCGGCGCCCAGCACAGCCAGCACCACACACCCUGCAAGGGAGGUAUCUGGUACAGUACCGAUGUGAGUGUGGGCGAAGUCAAGGCGCUGGCUUCGCUGAUGACAUACAAGUGUGCUGUGGUUGAUGUGUCAUUUGGUGGAGCUAAAGCAGGUGUUAAGACCAACCCCAAGAACUAUUCAGACAAUGAAUUGGAAAAGAUUACAAGAAGGUUCACUACGGAGCUAGCAAAGAAGGGUUUUAUCGGUCCUGGCACUGAUGUGCCUGCCCGGAUAUGAGCACAGGUGAGCGGGAGAUGUCCUGGAUUGUGGACACCUACAUCAGCACCAUAGGGCACUAUGACAUUAAUGCACACGCCUGUGUUACUGGGAAGCUCAUCGGUCAAGGGGGCAUCCAUGGGUGGAUCUCUGUGACCGGCGGAGGGGUUUUCCAUGGGAUUGAGAACUUCAUCAAUGAAGCUUCCUACAUGAGCAUUUUAGGAAUGACACCCGGCUUUGGAGAUAAAACAUUUGUUGUUCAGAGCUUUGGUAAUGUGGGCCUGCACUCUCUGAGAUAUUUACAUCAUUUUGGUGCUAAAUCUAUUGGUGUUGGGGAGUCUGAUGGGAGUAUACAUAAUCCAGAUGGUAUUGACCCAAAAGAGCUGGAAGAUUUCAAGUUGUAACAUGGAUCAAUUCUGGGCUUCCCUAAGGCAAGGGUAUAUGAAGGAAGUAUCUUGGAGGCUGACUGUGACAUCCUGAUCCCUGCUGCCAGUGAGAAGCAGUUGACCAAAUCCAACGCACCCAGAGUCAAAGCCAAGAUCAUCACUGAAGGUUCCAAUGGACCCACCACGCCAGAAGCUGAUACGAUUUUCCUGGAGAGGAACAUCAUGGUUAUUCCAGAUCUCUACUUGAAUGCUGGAGGAGUGACAGUAUCUUACUUAUAGUGGCUGAAGAAUCUAAAUCAUGUUGGCUAUGGCCAAUUGACCUUCAAAUAUGAAAGGGAUUCUAACUACCACUUGCUGAUGUCUGUUCAAGAA